AUGCAAAUUGGUGAGUCCUCCAAGAUUCUGAUUAAUGUGGUCACAUUCAAUCAAGAGGAUUUUGUGGAGAGCCAGCAUCCAGAACUCUAUGAUAAUGGACAAUGUUGUUGUGCUGGGUCUCGAACCUUUGUAUAUGAGCAUAUCUAUGAUGAGUUCUUGGAGAAGUCAAAGAAACGUGCUUUGAGACGCGUUGUUGGUGAUCUAUUCAAGAAGGGUGUUAAACAAGGCCCUCAGGUGAAAUUCAAAACUCAUAUUAACACAAAGCAAUUUGAGAAAGUGCUUAGGUACAUAAGAUCUAGAAUUCAAAGCAAUGCCACCCUUGAAAGUAAUGUAGUUUGGAAAGCAUUCAUACUCUUGUUCAGUGGUGAUGGGGUUUUUAACAUUUACCAUGUUGAUGUUUGUGAAAAAUUAUGCUUGAAGUUUUGA